CGCAGGCUUUCCCAUCAAAGCGCCCCCGCCGCCGCAACGUCGCGCGUGCUUCAUCCUUCUUGUCGCUCCGAGCGGUCGCGGUCGCGGUCACGAGUCUCUUUGACUUUGUUCGCACGAUCCACCUUCCACUCAUCAUCCAUUGCGAACUUGCAAGAUAGCAAGAUUUGCCGUCGCAUCUACUCACACGCCUCAAACAUGUCCAGCCCAUCCGCGUCGAUGGGGCGCACAGAGGGCUACGCAGCACCCACCCACGAAGUCAUGUCGUUGGCCGAUGCCUGCCAGCGGCGGUCCGAAGAGGUGCGAAUCGAGUCGCCCUUGGAGCAGCAGCAGCAGCAGCAACGCAAAGAGGAAUACGAGGCAGAUGCGCGAAACACACGGUCAGAAAUCGUUCAGGCAAGCAGCGAGCCAGCAGAGAGCGCGUCGGCACCUGCUCCGACCAAAGUGUGCAAGCGAAAGCAGCGCCACCAUCAGCAUCAGCAUGGGCACGGGUCCAGCGAGGCGAGUGCGAGGCAUGCGCGCCAUCCUCGUUCGCAUUCCAAUCGCCCAGCAGCGCUUCAUCAGCCUCUGCACGAUGCGCCCAGUCGAGGUCCUUAUUCUCCUCUGCCCACGCACGAUCAGUCGCCUUACGAGACGGCGGCGGCGAGCGCGUACAUUGCGAGCGGACAUCAUCUCCACAAGCAUUCCUAUGCGCAUGCACGCUCCGAGUCGGCGGGCCAGGAAAAGCAUGCCAACGAACCCAGCAGCAGCAGCAGCAGCAAAAGACCGCUUUCGAGCGGCUCAUCGUACGGACGCAUCCAACGCGCUGCGGUCAAGGGACAGCAGGUGGACAGGUGGCUCUUUGUGCUGCUCCACGCUCUUCUCAUCCUCCUCUUCAUCGUCUUGUUGGCAGUGUGGGGAGCGGGAAGGGAUUCGGCAGGUUUCGAGUCGCGCCUCAACAGCGCCCAAGUCCCGAGCGCUCAAGCGGGCAUCACCUUGCUCGGAAAUUGCGGUG